AUGGCAAGUAAUGUAACCAGCAACGAAGCUGAAGUGAAUAUGGAGAAGAAUCAAGAAUACACGAGUUGUGCAAAUUCCGUUGUAACGUGUAGCUCUACAGCCUCACGCAAGCGGAGGGCAGAACUGCGCCUCCGCCAGCUGAAAGAAAAACAAGAAACAGAGCGCAGAAGCGAAGAGGCUCGCCGGGAGCUCGAACUGCAGUCGGCCCGGCACGAGCUAGAACUUGCUGAGAUUGAAGAAGAAGAUUCCAAAGACAGAGGAGAGCUAUCCUUACUCGACGAGCCAGCAACCGAUGUUCGAGUUGAAAAUUACGUGAAGGACUUACCUGACAAUGCAAUUAGUGAAAAUCUUUGUGAUAAUAUACCAUCAAGACAAAUUUAUUCUCAAAACGUUUAUGGUUUACCUAAACCGGAGUUGAUUAAAUUUAGUGGGAAUCCUGCUGAUUAUUGUAAAUUCAUCAGCAAUUUUGAAACCAAUAUCGAGGCUAGGGUAAGUGACAAUAGAUUAAAAUUAAAUUAUUUAAUUCAAUUGUGUCAGGGUGAAGCAAAAUAUUGUAUCGAAGAUUGUGUAAUUUUGUCUCCGGACGAAGGCUAUUUAAGGGCUAAAGAAAUCCUUAAAUCUAGGUACGGGAAACCACAUUUAGUGGCCCGGUCCCAUGUGGAUAAUUUAGUAAAUGGCAGUGCCAUAAAAAGUAAUGACGUAAAGGGUCUAAUGAACCUGUCACUCCAUAUGGAGAAAUGUCAUAUGACCUUGACACAGCUAGGUUUUAUGUCCGAUGUGAAUAAUACGGAAAACCUACGCAAAAUAGUUAGGAGACUUCCACUUCACAUUCGGUCCCAGUGGGUCGAACGUGCAAGUAGCCUGAUAGAGCAGGGGCUCGAACCAAGUUUUAACCAUCUUCUAACCUUUGUUAGGGAACGGUCAAGUGUAGCCAAUACAAUGUAUGGUUAUGACCUUGCGAAUGAGUCAAAACAAACAGCGAAUUCGCAAAGAAAUUCCCACAUAAACCCUUCUCAGCGUAAUAAAGUAGUUACACUGUCCACUGGCUCUGAUAAGAGAAAUUCAGGUAAAUCUCCCUUAGAGAAAUCCGCUAGGGGACGAUUAUCAUGUAUUUAUUGUAAAAAGGCCCAUAAAUUAAGGGCAUGCGCAGAGUUUCGCUCCAUUGAUAUUGAUUCAAAGCUGAGAGUUAUCAGAGAGCAUGAAAUGUGUGAAAACUGUUUGUAUUUCAAACAUGUUGCCGAAAAUUGUAGGCAAAAUAGUUUUUGUGAGGUUUCAGGUUGUACCGGGAAACAUAAUACAAUGUUUCACCGAGAUUCUAGUAAAAUCAACAAAUUUACAAAUGUUGAGGAUAAAUAUGUUGCGGCUUCCGAAUCGAGGUGUAAACAAAACAAGGUAAGUUUACGCAUAGUUCCUGUCGUCGUCGGAACGAAAACUAUGCAAGUAGAAACGUAUGCUCUCCUUGAUGAAGGGAGCGAUGUAACGCUUUGUAGCGAUAGCCUUGUAAAAAGGCUCGGGGUUGAAAGUAAACCUUGUAAGUUCACGUUAACUACAGUGAACAAGUCUGGUCAAAAUAUAAAUGGCAAAGAAGUUAAACUACAGGUAAGUGCAUUAAAUGGGGGUCAGGUCAUUGACCUUCAAAAGGUAUGGUCUGUAAAAACCCUGCCUAUAUCCUUGCAGUCGUUGCCAGACCAGUCUGUGACAGGUAAGUGGAAACACCUUAAUGGUAUCAAUUUACCGAAAAUUGAUGUAAACAAAGUUGAGUUGCUUGUGGGAAGCGACACCCCAGACGCAUUCUGGGUAGAAGAGCAGCGAAGGGGGAAUAAAGGUGAGCCCUAUGCAAUAAGGUCAAUAUUAGGCUGGAGUAUUAUAGGACCCACAUGUAAUGGAUCGUCAAAUGAUCAAGGUAGUAUCAAUUUUCAGUUCGCUUCUAGUACACAGUUGCAAAUCGAUAAGUUAUGGGCAACCGACUUCCCAGAUGUCAAGAGCUGUGGCACAGGGAUGUCACAGGAAGACCGUCGUGCACUUUCAGUAAUGAAAGGUACAGUAGUAAAGGAAAACGGUCAUUACAAAUUGGGACUCCCGUGGAGAAACCCAGACGUAAGUCUUCCAAAUAACGUGAAGAUGGCUACGGUAAGACUAUCUCAUUUGAAGCGAAAAACUUCAAAGAGAUAA